ACAUUAGAAGUGUUCUACACUCUGAGAUGCCGUGCGCAAGGUUUCGCACAAGACAUUCUCGCAAUUCUGAGCUCCCAGAUGCCGCGCAAGAGGUGGUCCAGCCUGGGGGCCCAGAAUCAGAAUCAGAAUCAGAUGGCGGGGUGUCACCGCAGACAGCAUGCACAGAACGCGCACUACGCUAAGAUAAAGCAACGCAGACAAACUCAAAACUGGCGCGGACCACGUCCGGCUGAGGGGGAAGGGAGGACGGCGUUGGGGUAGAGAAUGGCGUGCGAGCCAGGCGGCACGUGCUCCAACGCAUAUCGAGCGCCAUCGUGCCACCUCUGUCGUGGACGACGGGCUGCCAGCCUCGUGUCUGUACGUCCAGCAUGCAAGCUGUAACUGUGGCGUUGCGCCCUCCGGCCUUGGAGCCACCGCUCACCUUGCCAAUGCAAUAGCUCCGCCGCCCAUGAACGACUGUUCCGGGGUCGCUCAAGGUGCGCGCGCCAAUCCAAGACACGGAAGCAAUGACGAUGGCUCCACCAACGUCUCUGGCGACACAAGUCCUUGGCCUCGCUAGCCCUACGGCGGAAGUAAUCCGGCGCCGGUUCGCCGGCGUGCCGCGGCACUCGCAUGAGUAAGCCGACCAUGCGGCGCUGACAAGUGUCAAUGCGCCCUUCCAGGGUGGCGGCCGGAGGCCAUCGGCUGCAUCGAUAAUCAAACACGGGAAGUACGGCCCGAUCCAGCAGCUUCAGACGCUGUUGCAAAGGGACCUCCCGCAACCGAUGCAGUGAGCAGUUUGCCCAAAAUGCUCGCCACAUGGCGGCCAGGGUCCUGUCGACACACAUCGUGCGCGCUCCGGUAUUCUCAAGGAUGUGGCCCAAAGCUUCAAACGAGUUGGCUGGUGCCCAAACGGACGCGUCCGAGACGGAAGGGUCGCCUCCUGCAGCCACCAUGCAAGCUUUACUAGAAUGCUUGAUCUUGAGCCCCCAAUCGGCGAGAAUGCGGGCCUCAAACUCGUCCAGCAAGCACGUUGCAUUAUACAAAGUAUGGCUUGCAGAAUAGACAUUGUCGACGUAUGUAGCGAUGGCAAGAUGCACAGACUGGUCUAAUUGAAAACCACGGCGCCGGCAGACCUCGGACAUCUUGCCGAGCGUGGCUUCCGCCGGGAUGAGGCCCAGGGCGCCAGCUACCCGGCUCCCAGUGAGACUUCCACGAGAUCGUUUGCCCAGGUCGGCAUCUAUGUCACCGACGCGCAAGCUCACUUUCGGGAACAACUGAUGACGAGCCGCUGCUGCCGCAAGCUCCCGGGGCAUGCCUCUGGAGACGCACCAGUGCAAAAUAUACUCACUACGGGGAGAGAGUCGUAGUAGGCUUCAAUAUCACUUUGGGCGACCGCGGACUGGCUAUGGUCGUCCAGGCCUCUUUCGAUUAUGAGGUCAGGGCGUGCGUAAUGUCCAAUGCUUGCGUGAACGGCCGGGCUCCAACCCAGCAGCACUGUGGCACAGCAGUGUUCUCGUCGACCCAUGUGUUAAGAUGCUGCGCAACCAAACAGUCGAACACCUGGAGGUCAGCCGGGAGGGGCAUAAUGGCACGCAGCUGCGUGGGGUUCGGGGUGGCGGUGCCUUUCCCCCGCACGUGCCCCAAGACUGCCAGAGCAGACAUGGCAGCGCUGGAGGCCGCUAAUUCAUUAAAGUAUCGAGCACAGAGGUCUGAGUCACAUUUAAAAAUCAUGUGGUGCAUACGCGCGCACCGCCCGACAUUGUCAAAUUUGCCGAUAUUUUUAGGGCGGGUGAGCGCCACCACAACUUCUGCGCGAGUGAAGCCGGGUUCAAGCCCCUCCGCACCGCAGACAAAUUCCACGAGAGGCAGGAUCUUUGCCAGUUUUUUCUUGCAUAGGAACAAAAGUGCACCGCUGCCCUUCGAAGCUGGCUACAGUGCUACAGCGAAGCUGCUGCCGACUUGAACCCUCAAAGGGAUACGUGCCCUUUACACUCUGCCAUAGGAAUGGUUGCGUCGGCGUGAUCGUCUUCUCCCAGGAGGCCUCCGACUGCAAACCCUGUUCGCCCUAAAUGCUUGGCGUAGAAGUUCAAGUAUGGGAGACCACUUUGCGUGCUUCCAUGGACGACUUUCAUCUCGAGCUUACCAAAAGCAACCCACUCUGGAGUCCCGACGGCACGCUGCGACGCGACGUAGUGAUAACCUCCAGCCUGUUUUACCUCUGCCCAGGCCCCUGUAACAUUCAAUUCUUGGAAGUACAUAUCUGCACAUUGUCCACCCAAUUGGCGUGCAUCGGCCUCAACGCGAAGCAAUGCGCGCGUCUGUCUUCCGCGAGGGAUGUUCACCAGAAUAUGCUUGCCCGGCUUCAUCAAAUCGAACCGCUGACCAAGAACGUUUUGCAGGUGGGGAUCGCCAGUGGCAGCCGCACCGCCGGCUCCACCCGCCAUGGGAGCUCCGGAAGGAAACGUCGGAUGCGGCGUCGGCCAGCCAGGAGGAUACGUCGGGCUGGGCGUCGGGCUGGGGCGUCGGGUGGGGCGUCGGGUAGGGCGUCGGGUAAGGCGUCGGAUACGGGGUCGUGAAGGGCGUCGGGCUGGGCGUCGACGCCGAGCAAGUGCACCCGCCACACGUCGGGCUGCUUUUGCCGAAUGAGAUCUGGAAGAAGGCGUCAUUGUGGUACAGACCGUCGAGAGAAUCAACCACGACUCUGAUUGUGUGCGGCCCGGCUGAAAGCGAGAACGUCUGCGAAGGCAUGUUGACAUCGCACAUGAUGCAAGUGCUGACAUAGCAUGCGCUGCCUCCGUGGCCGUUUGAAGCUUGCACCGUGACGCGCAGGACGUCGUCCACGUACAGCUGGAAUCUCUCGUACUGGGCCUCCGCCACGCCCGUCAUCGAAAGGGUCAGGUCGAUGGGCGAAGCGUCGUUCAAAGUGAGAACUGCGUCCCCGUGUUGCCUGGCAUUCGCCACGCCACCACAGAUCGUAUCGUCCUGGAAGUCGAAGCGGAUGAACGCUGGGGUGCUUGACCAAGUGCCAUGCGCGCCAUGCGAAGCGAACGACCACGAAGACGCGGUGUCUCCCAGUGGCGUGCAGCAGCCUUGACCCACCUGCCACGCGCUGCACUCCGCCCGCUUCGACUGCGCGGACGUCGUGUUGGCGGCCAGAUGCUCGCGCCAGCUGCUCGUCGCCAGCUGCAUGCAGGACGCGCCUGGCAGCCCGAGAAGCACGAGAGACCAGACCAUCCCAGACGCCGCCAUCCGAGCAAACUGGACGAGAGGAAGUAACGUGAGCUCGAGAGGACCAGACGGUUGCGCGCGUGCGCAAGUCAACACAACAGUUCGAUGUGUGUGCCAAGCUGGCUACGGAGGAGCCGCGUUGCCCGCCGUGGGCGCCCCUGGCCUCUGGGCAGCAGCUCUGGAGGGGAAGGAUCGC